CAGGAGCUCGUCAACGCCAUCAUCCGCCCGCCGCGCGCCGAGUACGACAUGGACGACCUGGGCCCGGCGUCCUUCGAGUGGCACGGCCACGCGUUCCAGCGCGUGGACCUCGAGCUCGUGAACCCGCGGGGCAUGCGCCUCGCGUGCAGCCACUGGUCGCCCGCGCACCGGACGGCCGCGUCGCCGCCGCGGCCGUGCCUCGUCUACCUCCACGGCAACUCGAGCGCGCGCGUCGAGGCCGUGAGCCACCUCGCGCUCUGCCUGAGCAUCGGCAUCGACCUCUUCGCGCUCGACUUCGCCGGGUCCGGGAAGAGCGACGGCGACUGGGUGUCGCUCGGCUACUGGGAGCGCGACGACCUGGCGACGGUCGUCGCGCACCUCCGCGCGUCGGGCAAGGUGUCGACGGUGGCGCUCUGGGGCCGGUCCAUGGGCAGCGCGUGCGCCCUCUGCCACGGCCACCGGGACCCGUCCAUCUCCGCCAUGGUCUGCGACGGCGCCUUCGCGGACCUCCCGCAGCUCGCGGAGGAGCUCGUGCAGAAGGCGCGGGACCACGGCCUGUCCGUGCCCGGCUUCGUCGUGUCCAUCGCCCUGCGCAUGGUGCGGUCGUCCGUGCUCAAGACGGCGGACUUCAAGCUCGAGGACGUGUCGCCCAUCAAGCACGUCGACUCCUGCUUCGUGCCCGCGCUCUUCGUCGCCGGCGAGCGCGACGACUUCAUCGACCCGGCGCACUCGCGCGCGCUCCACGGCAAGUACGCCGGCGACAAGAACCUGGUGCUCGUCGAGGGCGACCACAACUCGCCGCGGCCCCGCUUCCUCUACGACAGCGCGGCCAUCUUCCUGUCCAACUACAUGGGCGUGCCG